AUGUCUUGGAUGAGGAAAUUUUAUUUUAGAUAUUGAUAGAUCAUUGUACCAAUAACAUUUCUCUUGAGUGAAAAGCAGCAAGCAGCUAGUCUUUGGUGUUCGGUAAAUAAAAAAAGAUCAAAAUAGGUUGACUUUAAGUUAGUGUGGGUUCCUACAAUUCAUGCAGGAACUCCGUUUUAUUUAAUGUGCAUAUCAUAUCGUCUGCAAAGAAUCAUUAGAAGAGCGAGUGAGAGAUCAGAUCGUCUGCAACUAACAUUAAUGGGUUCCUGGACCAAGGAAGAGUUUCUCGGCAAGAGAUCGUACGGGACCGUGCGCAGGGCAGUCCCUCUGACGGGGGAAUUAGCAGAUUCGCCGCUGAUGAUGGUUUCCGAGAUUGCUGUCAAGUCUGCCCUUUUCAAGUCCACCACCUCCAUCUAUCUUCAAAAGGAAGGAGAGAUCCUGUUCUUGUUGAGUGACUCUCCCGGAAUCAUCCGUUGUUAUGGAGAAGACAUCUCCCACCAGGAGAGCAAGUGUGUGUACAACCUCUUGCUGGAGUUCGCUCCCAACGGCUCCCUCAAGAGUUUGAUUGAAAGAAGGGGCGGGGCACAGCCGGAAUCAGAAGUGCGAUGCUACACUCGCAUGAUCCUCAAAGCUCUAAACUGCGUGCACGAGAGGGGCUACGUCCACUGCGACAUUAAGCCAGAUAACAUUCUUGUUUUCCCAUCUCAAGAUGGCAAUAGGAACUACGUGAAGAUUGCCGAUUUUGGACUGGCAAAGAAAGCAGAUGAAGGCAAUGGACGGAUCAAUGUUCAAGGCCGCGUUCGCGGGACUGUUCCUUAUGCUUCGCCGGAAUCUAUUGUUUGGAACAUGAACAAGUCGCCAGUGGAUAUUUGGGCUCUUGGGUGCACGGUAUCGCAGAUGAUGACCGGACGAGGCGAGGAUUUCUUACGGAUAGAGCUACCCAGAAUUCCAGAAAACAUGUCUAGCCAAGGCAAGGAUUUCUUACGGAAGUGCUUCGAGAGUGAAUGGGAAACCAGAUCAACAGCUGCAGAGCUUCUUCGACAUCCUUUUGUUCAAGGGGAGCCAGAGAAAUGGGCCAACGAGAUGCCUUUAGAUGCUCGAUGGGUUUCUAGGGUCUCCAUGUUCAAGUAGAAAGAGGAGGCUCCUUUGGCAACAAUACCAUCAGAGUUCUAUUUGCCUUAGUUUUUGAGGGUUCCUGUUCCACACACACAUUAU